UGCGCAGCCCCUUGGACACGGACUCUCCAUGUCAAACGACUGCAGUUGAAAAGAGAGAAGGCGUGAAGAGGCUGCUCGGAGCUGUUGUAACAUCGCCCUCCAGCACCGAGGGGGUGUUGCCUCCAAGUGGCCACAGUGAGAGGAGCGCGAGUCUGUCCCUGUGUGAUGUGGAGAGCAGGUCCGGCCACAACACACACAAUUCCUGCACACAGCCACUUGUGACGAUGGCGGCUACCGAGAUGGGUGUGUUCGCAAAUGAAGAAAAGCGAAACCUGGAGCUCGGAGGCCAUGUGGGGUUUGACAGUCUUCCAGAUCAGCUGGUCAGCAAAUCGGCUGCUCAGGGGUUUAGCUUCAACAUCCUCUGUGUAGGCGAGACAGGGAUCGGCAAGUCAACACUGAUGAACACUCUUUUCAAUACAACAUUUGAAAAUGAGGAAGCCAGCCACUAUGAGAGCGAGGUACAUCUACGCCCCCACACAUAUGAUCUGCAGGAGAGCAACGUCAACCUCAAGCUGACCAUUGUGCAUACAGUAGGGUUUGGAGACCAGAUCAACAAAGAAGAAAGCUACAAACCCAUUCUUGAGUAUAUUGAUGCCCAGUUUGAAAAGUAUCUCGAGGAAGAGUUAAAAAUAAAACGUUCCCUGUUAAACUACCACGACACAAGAAUCCACAUCUGUCUGUAUUUCAUCGCUCCCAACGGACACUCCUUGAAGUCCCUGGACCUGGUCAUGAUGAAAAAACUGGACAGCAAGGUGAACAUCAUCCCGGUCAUUGCUAAGGCAGACACGGUAUCCAAGAGUGAACUGGAUAAAUUAAAGAUCAAGAUUAUGAGUGAGCUGGUCAGCAACGGAGUUCAGAUUUAUCAGUUCCCCACAGAGGAUGGGGCUGUUGCAGAGCUCAACUCCUCCAUGAAUACACAUCUUCCUUUUGCUGUGGUUGGAAGUGUCGAAGACGUAAAAGUAGGAAAUAAGAUGGUGAAAGCAAGACUGUAUCCCUGGGGAUCAGUACAGGUGGAGAAUGAAAACCACUGUGACUUUGUGAAGCUGAGGGAGAUGCUUUUGCGUGUGAACAUGGAGGAUCUCCGCGAUCAAACACACGCUCGACACUAUGAACUCUACCGUCGCUGCAAGCUGGAAGAGAUGGGUUUCAAGGACACAGACCCGGACAGCCAGUCAUUCAGCCUUCAGGAGACAUACGAAGCCAAGAGGAAGGAGUUCAUUGUGGAGCUUCAGCGCAAAGAGGAAGAGAUGAGGCAGAUGUUUGUCAACAAAGUGAAGGAGACAGAAGCAGAGCUGAAAGAAAAGGAAAAAGAGCUUCAUGAGAGGUUUGAGCAGCUCAAGCGGAUGCACCAGGAUGAAAAGAGGAAUCUGGAGGAGAAAAGGCGUGAGCUGGAGGAAGAGAUGAAUGCUUUCAAUAGAAGAAAGGUUGCAGCUGAGACGCUGAUGGGACAGGCGCUCCAAGGCUGCUCCCAGCAGCCCUUCAAGAAGGACAAGGACAAGAAGAACUUCUUUAGUCUUCCAUCUGCGUGCUCCUUAACCUCAGGAAGGAAUUUGAAUUAGAAGAUUUUCUACCACAGCAAACGAUCACAGACUAACAAUCGUGGGUAUUAUUUUCACAAUGUGAAAUAACAGUUUUAUAGAAAUGCACUUAACAUCCCUGGAAGUGAGUCGGUCUUCAGUCUUCUCUGUCUACUAAACUCUCCUUGAAGCCUUUAAGUUGUGCUCUGUAGCAUGGUCUCUGCAUGACUCCUAACCUUCAAUCCUAUAUGAGGAGUAGAAGAUCAUCAUUGCCAAAAUUUUAGUUUUUGUACUUAAUGUGCUACCUUCUUUCACCUGCCAUGUUUAUGCUUGUAGUUUUGGACUGAUGACAGUUUACACUGUGAAGUAUACAUUCUAUUAUAAAGUGGCAUAGAAUUGCUGUUAAGGUUUUACAGACUGUAUUAUGAUUUAUAUGCACUUUAAACCAAUCCCAGUACAAAUAUCUUAAAUCAUUAUAAAAGGUACCCUAUUGUGUUUACAUGUCAUCCCCUAUGUAAUGUCUAAAAGAUAUAUAUUUCUUAGUUUUAAACUUAAAAGUUAUGUAUAAUGCUGUUAUAUUAAAAAAAGAAAAGAAAAUGCUUGAUGUAUAUAAAUUCAGGAUUAAAUCUCUUCAUGUCAGUAAAUCUGUAUAGUGGGCCCUCUAGAAGACUUGUAUAUCCUUGGUUAAUAAAAAGUUACUUUAUUGAAA